GUUCAGGCAGAUAGUCGGGAUUCUGUUGAUGAGGUGGAAUAUGCUCUUCCAACCAAAGGAGUGCCUUUCGUUGUGGAUUCCAAUACAGGAGAAGUGUGUACUAAAAAAGGCUUAGACCGAGAAGAAAGAGCAGAGUAUCGGUUUUCGAUUUCUGCCAUUGAUGGUAAGUUUGAAACCAGAGCUGUCGUUACUGUUGAGGUUCAAGAUGAGAAUGACAACUCUCCACAGUUUGAGAGAACUCGGUAUGUUGUCAGCAUUCCCCAGGGAUCCAAAACAGGAAGAUCCCUUAUUCAGAUCCGUGCAACGGAUCCGGAUAAAGAUAACAAUGGAGAAGUGACGUAUUGGAUUAAAAACUCGCAGGGUCUUUUCGAAAUUGACCCUCAAAGUGGCGUUGUUCGACUGGUGUCUGCCCUACCGAACUAUACGGAGAAGAACGUUACAUUUGAAAUGGAAGUGUUCGCUCAAGACCACGGAGUCGGGUCUAAUAUAGGAAAAACAACUUUGAUCGUACGAAUUUCCAACAUUCGAAACCACCAACCGGUAUUUGACCGGUUUGCCUAUUCCGUAUCCGUUGACGAAAACAUAGAAAACUUAGCUUUGUUGACUGUGCAUGCGAAAGAUCCUGACGAAGGGAAAGCCGGAGCAGUUGUUUAUCGAAUAAUAAGAGCUACUCGCAGACAACCUUUCAAAAUCGAUCCUCAGACAGGCGGGAUACUUCUAGUCAGCUCGUUAGAUUAUGAAGACAUUAAAUACUUGGAAUUAGUUGUGGAAGCAAGAGACAAAGCAAAGGAACCCCAGUUUUCAACAGCAAUAGUUCAGGUUUCAGUGAAUGACGUCAAUGAUAAUGCCCCCGAGCUGCUUUCAAUUCCUCGCUUCCAGCGCGUGCCUUUAUCAACCUCUCUCUCUGACGUUAUUUACAGAAUAGAAGCAGCGGACAAAGACAGUACCCUGGCGGGAAACAAUGAAGUUACCUACAAAAUUUCACCCCCUAGUCCACUUUUUAAUAUUGAUUCUAAAACUGGUGAAAUUACAGCAAGUCAACCUCUUUUCCCUGUUCUCGAAACAUUGAAUAUCUUGGCAUUCGAUAGCUCGCCAAUAGUACUCAGCAG